GUGCGAUAUCAAAUCACAUUGUUCGUUACUUGCGAACAAGAAACACAUCUAUUUUGUUACCAUGAAGACGCUGGUUUUUUUCCUUUGCCUCGUGUUGGCGGUGCUGGCCGACGAAAAAUACGAGACGAUCAACGAAGACUUUGAUGUGGCCCAAGUUCUCGAAAACGAGAGGCUUUUAAAUUCGUACGCUAAAUGUUUGCUCAACAAAGGCCCUUGCACGCCCGAAGUGAAGAAAGUUAAAGAUAAAUUGCCCGAAGCUCUUGAGACACACUGCGCUAAGUGCACCGACAGACAAAAGGCAAUGGGCAAGCAACUGGCACAAGAGGUCCAGAAACGCUAUCCCGAUCUAUGGAAAGAACUCGUAGCUUUGUAUGACCCUGAAGGAAAAUAUCAAGACGCUUUCAAAGAAUUCCUGGCGAACUAAAAAUGAUUAACAUUAAAUAAAAGUCGACUAUGACACAA